AGGAAUUUCGCAAAAGGUUUGCGCAAGUUCGCAUCGCCAUAAAAAGCGGUGCCGAAGUUUAACGAACCAUCUCGGACAUCCCUGAUAAUCAGUCUUAAAAUUCGCGCACCAAAACCGGGAAGAUGGCUCUGACAGUGCAUAACAUGUCUGUGAAGGCUGGGAAGGACCUGAAGAUCUCUGGUGUUCCCCAGAAUAAAGCCGAGGGGUUCACCAUCAAUCUCGGCUAUGGGGAGGAAAACAUCGCCCUGCACUUCAAUGUUCGCUUUAACCAGCACGGGGACCAUCGCACCAUCGUCUUCAACUCCAAGCAUGCCGGCUCCUGGUCCAGUGAGCAGAGGGAGAGUAACUUCCCCUUUAAGGAGGGGGAGGAGUUUAAGGUGUACAUCAGUUUCAGCAACAGUACAUUUCAAAUCAAGAUGCCGGGCAACACUGUGUCAUUCCCCAAUCGUUUUGGUGCUAACAAGUUCAUGUUUAUCCAAGUACAGGGGGAUGUCAGAAUCAAUGGAUUCAAGAUUAGUUAAGCAAGUCUACAGUCACUGGAUCUGCCCAGUCUGGCUGCUGAUUGGCUGAGAUCUGUGCCCUAUUCUCUGUGAAACUUCAUCACGAUGCUUACACCACUGAUGCACUUGUGAUUAUACCGCGUGUUAUUGCUAUGUACCUCUGUUUGUACAAACGCUGUGAACCUGCACAACUUUCCUAGUUGGUCUUCUGAAGGUAUUUUAACUCCAAACUAUGAAAAUAAUUUCAACAUUUCAGAUGCUUUUUUAAAUAAAUCUCACUGCAUUUUGCACUGCUUUCAGUCUGCA